UUAGCUAAGCUGUAUCAGUUUUUUUAAUAGAUAGAGAGAGAGAGAGAGAGAGAGAGGGAGAGAGAAAUCUUUAAUUGCCCACAUGCCAGUAGAAACGCCUGCUCUCUGUAAUAUGCCAAUCUGUGAAAAAACCAAAAAUUUGGUCUGCAAAAAACACAUCUUGCUGUCUUGGUUUUCAGGUUCACUGUUGCAGAACCCACUGUUUGCUUUGCUUUGAUUCAUCUAAUGUCACCAAACCCUCUUGUUGGGUUUGGGAUUUCCUAGCAACUCUCUUCAUUGCUUGCCUCUCAAUAUUUAUCACCUUUAAUCUCACCUCUCCUCUGCUUUUCUUGAUUGCUUCAAAGUAAUCAGCUUUUCAUUAAGUUAUUCAGGAAAUAAUUGAAUUUGGGAUUUCUUUCAAAAAAAAAUUCUCUGGUUUGAUUCUUGUCAUUAGUAUGAUUUGAGGUGGAUUUAGUGGAUUGGGUUCGUAUGGGAUGGGUAUGGGGAUGCUGCAACUGCUUUCCUUGUUGCUCAAAAUCUGUGCCAUUGCUUGUUCUUGGCUGCUUCUGCCUUCUUCAGGUUACAGUUUAUCCCCCGCUUCAUCUGCAAUUCCUCCUAUCUCGAAUGGAACAGCUUCUGCAAACACUGCACCUACUCCAACUGUGCUACCAAAUGCUCCUACAAUAGUCCCAUCAAAUGAUUUGAGUCCUCUACCAAUGAUUCGUCAAGACACUAUCUCAUCUCCUCCUCCAAUAAAUGAAGGUCAUGUUCAAAUCUCACCGCUUAGUGGUCCUCAGAGUAAGCCUUCAAGCGUUGAACCUCCUGUCUUGGCACCGGAAUCUCCAGCAGUAAAAGAUGAAUCACCUUUAAGGAAAUCGCCACCAAAUCCACCAGCCAUGCAACCGGUUGUAACAGGAUCUGUGCCACCAACCCCUCUCCCCAUACCAAUUGCUCCAGCACCGUUUGAGCCACCUCUAAGGAAGUUGCCAGAAAAUCCACCAACUAUGCAACCAGUUGUGACAGGAUCCAUGCCACCAAGACCUCAUCAAAACGGGCCACCAGACACUGCACUUCCUAUGCCACUCCCUCCCGCACCAGUUGAGCCACCUUUAAAGAAAUCUCCAGAAAUUCCACCAAUUAGGCAACCGGUAGUGCCAGGAUCCUCACCACCAACUCCUCAUGAGAAUGUGCCAAUUUCUCCAGCAACUGCUGAGCCGCCUUUAAGGGAAUUACCACAAAAUCCACCAACUAGGCAACCAGUUGUGACAGGAUCCGUGCCACCAAGUCCUCAUCGAAACAUCCCCCUUCCCGUGUCAAUUGCUCCAGUACCUGAUGGGGCACCUUUAAGGAAACCUCCACAAAAUCCACCUGCUAUGCAACCAGUUGUGGUAGGGUCCAGACCACCAAGUCCUCAUGAGAAUGGACCAGCAGACACUCCCCUCCCUUUGCCAAUUUCUCCAGUCCCAAGUGCUACUGAACAACACAGAAAUCCAAAAAAUACGCCAUCUAAUCACUCAGCAAAUCCUGCAGUAUCACCAUCUACUCCAGCUGUUAAGCAUGACAUAUCUCCUGUAUCAACUCCUCUACCGAGCAUCAACAGGGAAAGAGUAGCCACGCCUGUAGCUGCAGCUCCUAACAGAAUGACCGAUCAUGAUUUCAGUGUACAUACAUCCCCAGCACAAGCUCCGUCUACACACAAAACCACGAGGCACUCUAGUAAUGCUGCUUCUCCUCGUCAUUCUCCCAACUUUCCUCCUAAGAAAGGCUCUCACGCUCCCUCAUACCCACCAUCCGCAUUAUCACAUGCAAUUCCUCCUGCUUCAACUACACAAGGUCCUUUAUUUGCUCCAGUGCCUUCGUUUCACUCAAAAUCAGAUCCAAAGUCUACCCAUAGACAGCGUGCUCAACCACCAUUAAGUUCUGGCUCAUCGGUCUCCCCAAAUCUUUCGCCAUUUGCUUCACCAACUUCUCCACCUGAACAAGCUAAAGUGCCUUUCCCUUCCAAUAAAAUUUCCCCUGCCGGGUCUCCAGCAAGGAAUCCAAAGAAGCUGCUCCCACCACCAUUCCAUGCCCUACCGCCCCCACCUCCUAAUCAAGAUUGUUCAUCAUUAAAAUGCAUGGAACCAUUGGCUAGUCCACCUCCUAAAUCUCCUUGUAAUUGUGUCCUGCCGAUGCGAAUUGGGCUAAGGCUUAGUGUAGCACUGUACACUUUCUUCCCUUUAGUUUCGGAGUUGGCUAAUGAAAUUGCUGCUGGAGUAUUUAUGGAUACCAGUCAAGUUCGCAUCAUGGGGGCAAAUGCAGGCAGUCAGUAUCCAGAAAAGACAAUUGUCCUUAUUGAUUUGGUACCCCUUGGAGGCCGCUUUGAUAAUACCACAGCUUUCUUGACGUUUCGGAGAUUCUGGCAUAAAGAUGUGGUUAUAAAAUCUUCAUAUUUUGGUGAUUAUGAUGUAUUAUAUGUUCAGUAUCCAGGUCUUCCUCCUUCUCCACCUUCUGCAACGUCACGUGGUGGCAUUAUUGGUAGUGACCCUUACUCUGGAGAUAAUGGGAGGACUAUACACCCUCUUGGAGUUGACGUGACUCGAGAAAAACACAAAGAUGGGCCUAAUCGAAGUGUUGUUGCGGUGGUAGUGUUGUCAGCCUCGGUUGCAGUUAUAUUGUGCUGUGCCAUUGGAUGGGUGCUACUGUUCAAACAUAGAGACAGGGCGUGCCAAUUAGAGCCUACCCCGCCAACUACAAUGCCUUCCCUUGCAAAAUCGCCAGCCUCUAUUAUUGGCAGUGUCCCCAACUCUCCUUCCUUAUCCUUUAGUUCUAGCUUUGCGGCUUAUACUGGUUCAGCAAAAACGUUUAGUUCGACUGAUAUAGAGAGAGCAACUGAUAACUUCAAUGAGUCGAGAAUCCUUGGGGAAGGUGGCUUUGGGCGUGUUUACAGUGGUGUGGUUGGUGAUGGGACCGAAGUUGCUGUGAAAAUUCUUAAGAGGGAUGACCAUCAAGGUGGUCGGGAGUUCUUGGCUGAAGUUGAGAUGCUUAGCCGCCUGCAUCAUAGAAACUUGGUUAAGUUGAUAGGAAUCUGUCUAGAGGAGCGUUCCCGCUGCUUAGUUUAUGAACUCAUUCCAAAUGGCAGUGUCGAAUCUCACCUUCAUGGAGUUGAUAAAGAAAAUGGUCCACUCGAUUGGAAUGCUCGGGUGAAGAUAGCACUCGGUGCUGCUCGAGGGUUGGCAUAUUUGCAUGAAGAUUCCAGCCCUCGGGUCAUACACCGGGACUUCAAGUCUAGCAACAUCCUACUAGAAGAUGAUUUUACUCCAAAAGUAUCGGAUUUUGGUCUGGCUCGAACUGCAUUUGAUGAAGAAAACAGGCACAUUUCGACUCGUGUCAUGGGAACCUUCGGGUAUGUAGCCCCCGAGUAUGCAAUGACGGGACAUCUUUUAGUGAAGAGCGAUGUAUACAGCUAUGGUGUUGUCCUUCUCGAGCUCCUAACUGGAAGAAAGCCAGUGGACAUGUCACUCCCACCUGGUCAAGAGAAUUUAGUUUCUUGGGCACGUCCAUUCCUCACGACUAAGGAAGGGCUAGAAUUCAUUGUAGACCCGUCUUUGGGCCCUGAUUUCCCCGUUGAUAGCAUCACGAAAGUGGCUGCUAUCGCUUCAAUGUGCGUGCAACCAGAGGUAUCCCACCGACCCUUCAUGGGGGAGGUUGUUCAGGCCUUGAAACUAGUCUGCAACGAAUGUGACGAAACGAAAGACUUGGAGGAGUCUCAGAGCUGUAACCAAGAAGAUUCGUUGUCGAGUGACAUGGAUGCAAGGUUUAGUACAGCUUCAGGGGAUCCUUUACACGCCCGCUCCCCUCUCUCCAACACUGACUGUGAGCUUGAUCUUGAGCGAGGCCAUUCAAUGUCGGAUUUGUUAAGCUCAUCGAUGAGAUAUGGAAUGCGUGAGUCUGGCUCCCUCGGGAUUCACUCCAGAUCGGGCACUUUGAGAACAGGAAAGGCCAGAAGACUAUGGCGCAAAAUGACACAAUUGUCUGGUGGCAGUGUUAGUGAACACGGGGUUCUAUUCAGGCUAUGGCCUGGAUCUAACUGAUAAAGUUUUCCACACAAUUGGAACUUACUUUCUUGAUUAAAAAAAAG